AUGUAUCUUGAGCUUACACAGAAGGGUAUCGAUGAACGGGUUUCCCUGGUACAAUCGUUACUUGCCAAAUCGCGCGACUACCAUCUGCCUGUCUCCGUACGAGCCCCGUUUACGAUGUCACUCAAGCACGACAUUUCUGUUGUGUCAUCUGGUCUGUUCGUUUUCGGUAUAUCCCUUGUGUGCCUGUUCGUGCUGUCAAUUGUGCUUCUUGGCCAGCCGGCUCUCACCUGUAUCCUUGUCUUCACGUCUGUCGCAGUGUUUGUGGAAACCGUCGGCUAUGCUACGCACUGGGGUGUACCGAUGAACGUCUUGACGGUUACCAUGGCCAUAUCUGCGAAUAUGCUUACUGCUGUGGUCGUCAUGGCGUUUUGCUAUAGUUAUUCCGUAUCUGGAAAGCAACAGAUGAGAGCCGGAGUUCGAAUACAGUACUCAUUCCAGGCCACAUUCUUGCCGGUGGUUUUUGCAUGUCUCGUCCCGGUCAUCACCUAUUUACCUUUGUUUGCCGUUGAUGCACCAAUUGUCAAUCACAUUUUCAAGAUUUUGUUGGUGAACUCAGUCGCCACUCUUCUGCACUACCUCUUCUUCUUGCCUAAUCUGUGCCUUUUGUUCUCCACUCAUCUACCAACCUGUUCGUCAGUGAGCUGUGCUGAGUGCUGUUGUGAUUUUGAUGACGAAAGCUCCAUUUACUACAUUCCAACGACAGCUCGCGCAGUCCAUCCUGAAGGUGUCUACCAGCAUACAUCAUAUACCUAUUCGGUGCCGCAAUCUAUAGUAACAGGUGGUCCUCCGAAUUAUCUUGCAAUUGCAGGACCUCCACCGGCACCAUCGUAUGCUGGCGAUUACGUCCGAACGCAUGUAGGACGAAGUUCACGACCAAGUAGGACCCGUCGAACGAGUGAGUCCUCUGCUACCCCGUCCGAGACUCCACGGCAGCAUAGAAAUUCGCGUAAAGGAUCCCGUGACGAUUCGAUUUACGAGGCUCCGCCAAGUCCGCGAGUCACGUCUGGCACCUCGCCCCCACCUCAACGCUCUCGGCAAUCAUCAGCACACCAUCACGGACCGUACUUCCAAGAUCCGACCUUCAACAUGCAUCAACAACGUUGGCGACCGUUUGUCCACCCGCAGCCGUAUGCGUUCUAUCCGCAGAACGGCUAUCGCCGGUAG